AUGUCUCCCACGCAACCUAAACGUGUCGCUAUUGUUGGAGGCGGAUGCGCUGGGGUCACCGCGUUUUGGGCUUUACAGAAGUCCCCGCAUGAUGUCCAUCUUUUCGAGGCCUCUGCAACGCUUGGUGGGCGUAUCAAGACAGUACCAUUUGAACACGCAGGAAAUAAAGUCACCGUGAACACAGUGCCACCAGUAUUCAACGCAACUGCUUCUCCCAACCUUGUUUCACUGCUUCGCUAUCUAGGAAUUUCCACAUCCGCAGCGGAGCUCUCCUUUGGAGCAACCGAUGGUAUUGGAGCUGAUCAAUGGACUGGAAGUAUACUUGGGGACAUUGUGCGUCGCCCAUGGCUUCUGUGCAAACCUGGAACAUGGCGGAUGUGGUUCGAUAUUGCGCGACUACGAUACACGUGUCUAGACCUACUGGUCGACGGUCACCAGCGGAGUGAGCGCCAUGCCCAGCACGAAACCGUGAUGCGGCAUUAUUUCGCAAGUGAGGAAUAUUCAAACACAUUUUAUGCGAAGUACUUGACAUCAAUGUUAUCGGCUUUGUGGGGAAUCAAUGCUGGCAGAAUUAUAGACCUGUUGCCAGUCAAAGCAUUCGUCCGCUGCCUGUUGGACCAUAGCAUUCUCUGUCCACGACCAAAGAGGCUGAAUUGGCAGUGCAUUAAUGAUGGAGCCAGGCAGUUGGUCCUGGCAAUGGCAAGGGCUUUCCCGUCUCAUAGAGUACAUGUCAAGACCCGAGUGACAGGUAUAUCUCAGUCGACAAAGGAGCGUUUUGUGCUUAUUACCUCUGAUGGACAAAAGGCGCAUUUUGACCACCUUAUUUUUGCCAUUUCUGCAAAUGAAAUUCAGCGCAUUUUGGGUGCAACUCCUACUACCGAGGAAACUGAGAUCUUGCAAAAAUUGCGAACAGCAAGACAUAUCAUGGUUUUGCAUUCAGAUCCGCCUUUCGCAACGGAUUUCGACCAGUCAUGGCCUGCUAGUAGUUUCAUAGUAACUUCCUGGGACAGAAGCAAUAAAGACCGCCCUGGAGACCCUUCCGACAACAUAACCCCCAGGACAUGCCUCACCUGCGUCAUGAAUGACGGGCAGAAUAUGCCAAUACAGCACUUCGGUCCAGUCCUCAUCACACUGGAUCCAUUUGCUCCACCACAUCCUCUCCUUGUCGCGGGAGUGUGGGAGUUCACCGAUCUUGAGAUCAGCACUGACACGCUCCAGGCUCUGAGGUCUCUUCCUGCCAUUCAGAACAAACGAGGGCUUAGUUUCUGCCUCUCAUGGACGGGCCGUGGGUUUCUCGAGGACGCUGUUACAUCUGGCCUCACGGUUGCCGUUGAACGUCUCGGUGCCAAAGUGCCUUUUGCCUUUGAGCAUCAUCCGGACCUCUUGGAUGCGACUGACCUGCCUCAAUUGCAUUUGACUCUGACAGAUCAUCUCAUUCGGACACUACUCAGUCUCCUGCGUUUCUACGUCCUUGUCAUUCAGAUUUCACUCAUCCUACUGGGUGCAUUGCGAGGCUCACUGAAGAAUAAAAUUUGCCUCCCGAGAAAGUGA